GCCAGAGGGCGUGGUUACGAUACGGUUAUAAAACUCCGCUGUUUUAUGAGAGAAACAUUUCGUUAAUAGCACAAUUCGUAAUUAUAAAUAACGUAAAUCAAAUAAUAUUGCAAAUAACAAUUAUAUUGUUUACACAGAGAUCAUUUUAAAUCAAGAAAUACUUCUGCAUUUGGUGAACUUUCUACAGUUCCAGGUAAGUCUAGAUGUUUACAAUGGGAGGUCACAACAUUCCCCGUAUAACACUCAUAAUUCUAUCUGUUGUCGCCUUCAUUAUAUGUGUUAUAUUCAACGCACUUGCUGGACCAGGGAUUGGUGCUUUUAAGAACACGACCAGUGCUAUAUCAAAUAAGUACGAUACAGAAAUCACACCAUCGGGAUGGACCUUCUCGAUCUGGGGUGUCAUCUACACCUGGCUGUCCCUCAUGCAUAUUUACAUCCUUUCUACUACCUGUAGGAGGACAGCGUAUGGUCCGAUGUACUGCAGUCCUGCUGUGUUGCCAUAUGGAUUCUAUAUCAUCUGGAUUUUGAACAUGCUGCUUAAUAUAAUUUGGCUCUUUCUGUGGGAUAGAGAGGUGAUGAUUGCUGCAUUUAUUGUCCUGGCCUUGAUCGCCUUUACAAACUACUUGAUGAUAUUCAUCUCUUCUCAUAGUCUCAAAAACUAUGGAGCUUGGUUAAACAAAUAUCACAAAGUAGACCUAUGGUGCAUUCGAAUACUGGUUCAGAAUGGGAUUGCAACAUACGCAACAUGGACAACUAUUGCAACGCUGCUUAACUUUACAAUUGUGCUAAGUUAUAAUGCUGGAAUGAACAAAUCAGAUGCAGCAACAGUAUCUCUCUCAAUACUUCUGGGUGAAGCUGUUGGUUGGUUUAUUGUUGAGAACUUUAUCUUUGAGAAGCAUCUACGAUACAUCCUGACAAUUUAUCCUGUUGUCAUUGUUGCUCUGAGUGGAAACUUGACAAAGAAUUUUAAUGCUGCGGAUCCAAGCCGCAAUGGCAUUUUCAUAGCUGUCCUAUUGGGGUUGGCCUGUGCACUGUUUGCGAUCAGACUGUUACUGGUAAUAUGGAGGCACAUCAAACACCCUCUUUACAGAGGCAUGUAUGCAGAGGAGGUCAUGUCACCAAUGGAGAUUGCAGAAAAGCAAAUGAAGAUUUUAAAAUAAAUUAAAUGUUCAUGUAUUUUCACAUUUUAAACAUCCUAAUGAUGUGUUUAUAUCAGUGCUAUUUAUUUUAAUUCUUCAAAUGCAUGUGUACUCUAAAAAGAACGAAUAAUUUUGGGUUGUAAUUUAACGCAUGCUUGGUUGUUUUUUGACCUAUUGUUGGGUCAAUAUAAACAUUUAAUUUAACUUAACAGCUGGGUUGUUAAAUUGAAAACAACCUAGCAUUUUUUAGAAUGUAUAUUGAUUAUAUUUUAUACUUGAUUAAAAAAAUUAGAUUUGAAAAUGAUUUUAAACAGUCAUGAUUUGUACUGUAUAUUAUUCUGUACUUUUUUUUACCUUUCCAAACAAUAAAAUAAGGUCAAAGUUUCAAGAUGGUUCAAGUUAUGAAAAAGUCCCACUGAGAUCCCUUAUGCAUGGCUUUUUCCAUGUGUAGAAGUUAGGGUUGGACAUUUUGAAUGCCUCCUCCUUAAAAAUUUUGUUUAGUUUACUUCACAACUUGAAAUCUUUAUUCUUUAUACAAUGUCAUUGGAACAAGAAGUAUUAGAGAGUUAUUUUAUGAACAUUAGCUGUCAGAAUUUUUUUUUAAGGCAGUACAUGGUUUUGGUGUUUUGUUUUAAGUUUGUUUCAGAGGGUUUUUGCAUAAUUCAAAGUUAUUUAUAAAACAUGAAAUAUAAGAAAUCUGAUGAGAAGCUGAAGUGAGAAUGAGAAAAUGACAACAUA